GAAAUGAAGUUGCUUUCAAUUAUGAUCCUCCACAAAAAUCCGUCUCUUGGACAAACAAAACUUCUUAAAGGAGAAUACGAACUUGGAAGCUUCAGUUUCUUUACUAAGCGUAAUGCACAGGAAUUUAUGCAAUUCACCGCAAAAUUGGUUUCUGACCGUUCAGCCACUCCCAGUCGAAGUACAAUUAAAGAAGGGGAAUAUUUUGUGCAUUGUUUUGUAAGGCAUGACAGUUUGGUGGGCGUCUGUUUGACUGAUGAAGAAUAUCAAUCUCGUGUAGCCUUUGCACUUUUAAACAAAGUUUUAGCUGACUUUUCUGAUCGAAUUCCUCAAAGUUCUUGGGCAUUAAUUCAAAGUGAGAGGGAUUGUAAUUAUGACCAAUUGCCAAUGUUUCUUGCAAAAUGGCAAAAUCCACGGGAAGCUGAUGCUCUUACUCGUGUUCAGGAUGAAGUAGAAGAAACUAAAGUUGUUUUGCACAACACAAUGCAGUCAGUUUUGGAACGUGGAGAAAAACUUGAUGAUUUAAUUAAAGCAAGUGAAAAUUUGUCUGAUCAAAGCAAAAUGUUUUAUACGCAAGCGAGGAAAAUGAAUAGAUGCUGCAAUUAUGUUUAG